GUAAGAACAAGGGGUUGUCCAACGGUUCCACAAUCCUUGUCCGGAUCCCUGCAGUCGCCGUCUCAUUGCCGUUCCCAAGCGGAAUUUGCCGGUGGACUCCAGCUUCCAUGCUCAAGCUUCAAGCUCAUCAUGAAAACCACCCGACUUGAAAACCAUUCUUAACAACAACCUGGACUCAACACACCGCAACUAAACCAAAUAACCCGCACAAGCUCAUCUCCUCACCCCCUAACCAAUACCAAAACAACCCAACUUGGAACACAACCACAGCUCCAAACCCGUCUACAGUAAACUUCCGCUUGCCUCACAACACUUGAAAACUCACCCCCCGGAACGAAGAGAUACAACAACCCAACCCAAACCAACAUGGGCCUUUUUUCCAUCUUUGGUUCCACCUCCUCAAACUCCGAAGAAACAAAACGCGCCUCCGAAAUCCGCACAGGCGCCGUCGCCCCCUCCCGCGCAGAACGCCAACGCUGCUGGGCAGCACGCGACGCCUAUUUUGCCUGCCUCGACAAGGCAGGGAUCGUGGACGCACUGAAAGAGGACGGGGCAGCGGCUGCUGCGAAAGCGUGUGGGCAGGAGAGUGCGGAGUUUGAUAAGGACUGUGCCGCGCAGUGGGUCACGUACUUCAAAAAGUGGCGCGUGCAAGAUAUCCAAAAGAAAGCCCGGCUCAGGGAGCUCGAGGCGCAAGGAGCCAACCGGAUGGAUGUGCAGACGGAUUUUGCGCCGAGGAGGAGUUGAACUCACGGGGGGAGAGAGGGGUUUCUUGUCUGUCUGUCUACCCGGCCAGCUCAGAACUGGAUGGAUUUGAGAGACUUGUAUGGGAUAAAUGUACGCAUAGAUGGGUCGGUCUUGGUUGAGGCGUUUGCUGGUUGACGAGCAUGGAAUGACAAUUCCUUUCCCAAGCGGUAUUGUUCAAAUCCUCGUCACAACGUGAGAGGGAUAUCAGGGGAAACCUGGUUUGUACACCUGUAGCUCUAUAAGGUAGGUAUCUCGAC